AUGGCGGUUGACGAUUAUGACGAGCCAUCAUGGAUUGACCUGCUCGACUCGUUCACUGUGCGAACACAGCGAUUGGGCAACCGUGUGAUGACAAUGUCUGACCAGGUGCGCGAGAAGGGUAGCAAAAUCAAAGAUUUCGCUGUGCUCUCUCGCAACAAAGUCGGCAAGGGCAAACGCGUGGAGAAAAUGGCCCGCAAUAUCCGGCAGCAGGUGCGCCGCAUUGACGCCAAGUUUUCGUCACAGCAAAUGAUUUCCGGGACGGAAAAGAUAUGGUUUGCCUUCAGCCUAACCCACCUUUUCUACUUUGGCGUCGUCAUCGCCGUGAGGCCCCAGUGGGUACAUGUGAUCUACACCACGGAGCUGGCAAUUCUGCUGCCUAUACGAUUCUACACCUAUUACAAGCGUGAGUAUCAGUACUACUUGGCGGACCUAUGCUAUUUUGUCAAUAUGAUGACACUGAUGUUCAUUUGGUUUUGGCCCCAGAGCACGCUGUUAUGGAUCGCUUGUUACGCCUUUAGUUUUGGCACCCUGUCUUUUGCAAUUAUCACCUGGCGUAAUUCGUUGGUUCUCCAUUCAAUUGAGAAAACAACGUCCACUUUCAUUCACCUUUUGCCCCCGGUUGUAUUCCAUACCAUUAAUUUCAGGCUGGAUCCGGCAUUUCGAGACCACAGAUUCCCGGCGGUCAAAAGAGUCCAAGUCUGGGAGACUGUGCCUAGUCUGGCUAUUACUACUGUGGCAUAUUUCACAUGGCAGCUUCUCUACCACUACUUUAUUACUAUCCGCGGCAAGCACCAUAUCGAAGCUGGCCGGGUGACCAGUUUCGAGUUUCUGCGCAAGAGCUACGCAAAGACCUGGAUUGGCCGAAUCGUCAACUCGCUCCCCGGUCCGCUCCCCAUUGUUGCAUUCACUUUGAUUCAAUUCGGGUACCAGUUGUCGACAAUGAUGUUUAUUCCAUUGUGGUAUCGGCAUGAAAUUUUGUCGGUGGCCUUUCUUACUACAAUCUUCAUUGCCGCAAGCUAUAACGGUGCAACAUAUUAUAUCGACGUGUUUGGUAUGCGUUUCCGUAAGGAGAUGCUCAAGUUGCAAGAACAGCUGGAUCAAGUCACUGAAGAACUCAACAACGAACGCAACAGCAACCCCAGCUCGCCAGAUAUGACGGCAAACCCUUCGCCUGUGCUGGCCGCCAGCACGUCCUCUCAAACGUCGUCUGCAGACUCGCAAUUUAGCCUGCCACCUUCUGCAAGAUAG